UGUCCACCGGGACCUCCAGGGCCCCCUGGCCCACCAGGACCUCCUGGACCACCAGGACCUCCUGGACCACCUGGACCUCCUGGACCUUCAGGACUGACCAUAAGGAUUGGCCCUAUACCACCAGGUCCUCCUGGUCCACCAGGACCUCCAGGUCCACCUGGACCUCUUGGAUCACCAGGACCAUAA